ACAAAUCGGGAGACGGAGACUUUGUGCUGAUGCUACCACAUUCGCUGCUUUCAGUGUGGCCCGUGUCUUCAAUGAGUUUUGUCAUGCUUUAGCGCAGAAACAGCGGUUCGAUAUCGAGAUACCCACAGCAGAUAAACAGUAUAAUAUACUAUAUCCUUGAGAUACCAGAUAGCAGCGGCAAACUAAGCGACUUAGAAGUUUCGGGUUUCAUUUGACCAAACACAAUCGACACAAAAUGCUGACUCCUUGCCUGCUGCUAGUCGCCACAGUCGCCAGUUUCAGCCUCCACGCGCAGGCCAUCCGGGUGGACUGGGGCACCAACACAGGACCCAUAGCACCACCUCCGCCGCGCACCACUCCGCAGCCGCCAAGGAAGCCAUACCGGGAUCCAGCGCCCGUCUGGGAGGACCAGAGCGAUGACGUACCCAACCCCAAUCCCUAUGUCUACGUGUUGCCACCGCCUUCGAGACCAAGGACCUGGGCGAUUCCCGCAGGACCCUAUGCUCCGCCCAACUACAACAACCUGCCGCCCAAGGGCAACAACUACGGCCAGCUGGCCAGCAAUUCCUACAGCGGAGGUGUGACCUCCGUGCCGGGACUGGCCGCACAGUAUGUGCCCGGAGUGGGCAUCAAGUAUACGGCGAUUGUGCCCGACAAGCUGCAGGGCAAAUACAACGCGAAGACCAAGAAGUACAAGGCCUACGAGAAGGCCAAGUACGCGUACCCCUGGAACUAUUUGCAGCAGUUGCCGGUGGAGGAGAAGGCCUUGGAAUGGCAGGCGGAGCUCGAGAAGCGGCUCGACGAGGAGCAGGCUCAGUCGCGGUCUCAGGCUCUCAGCUCCUCCACGACAAGCACCACUUCCAGCACCUCAACAGCCACCAGCACCACCACCACACCAGCACCACUUCCAUCCGCAGACAGCACCACAACUGCCGCAUCGACGACAACAUCUACGAGCACGCAGCAGCCCACAACAUUUGCCAAUUACAAGCUGGCACACGAGAAGAGCGCCCAUCUGAAGAAGCACAGCAAACAGAAGAAGCUCCUCCAGCUGCACAUGGAGCAGGAGAAGAAGGCGCUGAAGAAGCUCCAGCAGGGGCAAAACUCGUUGCAGACCAGUUGAGCGGGCGCGAUCGACGGCUAGCAGCUGAAAAACAAGCAAACAUUUAAGCGAACAUUACCUUUAAGACUUGCCCACAAUGUUGUAAAUAACUAUUAAUAAAAUUAAACAUCCCAUAAUAAAACGUAAUCGAAAUUAA